AUGGCCGAUACUCUUUCGCCGAGUUCUGAGCGGACGAGGUGCUCACGGCGCGACAAACCCCUCCGAACCUACGGCCGACGCAAGCAGCCAGUGUCCCAAGAUGAGCCCGCCAUCAAGAAGCGGAAAACAGUGUCUGUCCCGAUCACCUCCGACAAAAAGCCUGCGAACCCUCAAGAGCUGAACGCAGACCAGACGCACCUUGCGAAGGGUAGUGGUUGUGCGGAGAGCUUAGCAAAUUCGACCAAACUACACCAAGAGCCGACAGCUAUUCUCAAGGCCAGCACUAGCUCUAGGAAAGUACCGAACAGCGUAGGCAGAGGUUCAAUCUUGAGCUUCUUCAAGCCAGUUCCGGCGAAAGAGGCCGAUUCCUCGCCGAGGCAAGAAAGAGAGCCAAGCGCGGUCGAGCAGGAAGCAUCUCCAGAACCAUCGCCAUCAUCAGUCUGCCGAAAGAGGAGCAGCACUGGGAGAAAGUUACGACUCCGCAAAGCCGACACAUACAGUUUGGAUGAUCCCGCCAGCGACCAAGAGAACAAGCCACAUAACCAUCGUCGCAAGAGUCCAGAACAAAGCGAGGCGGUGCAUGCCACACACAACUCGACGAUUCCGCAAACGCGAAAACCAAAGGCGCAAGUGCAGACGACACUCGAUCUAUCCACCAAAGCCGCCUUUUCGGAAUGUCGCAUAUGCGAUACCGUUUGGAACCCGCUGCACCCUGAAGACGUCAAAUACCACAACAGGCGUCAUGCCAAAGUGCUGCGGCGGGCGAAAGCACGCAGAGAUGACUUUUCGUCAGAGCCUGUGUAG